AAAUUACGCAUGCGUCUGAGCUCUGUGUGACGCAAGGGGGCGGUGCGGGCACCUAGCUGCGCGUGCGCAGAGCUUGUUCAAAGGGCCUUAUUUAGGUUGCGCAGGCGCCCGCUGGCCAUUUCUUCUCAGCCACGCCGAAGUCGUGUUCUCAGUCUGUGUCGACGCCAGGACCCACUAGGAGAAGAUGAUGUUGGGCACCGAAGGCGGAGAGGGAUUCGUGGUGAAGGUCCGGGGCUUGCCCUGGUCUUGCUCGGCAGACGAAGUGCAGGCCCGGGGCGCCCCCUGGCGGGGCGCGGGCGGCAGCCGUUCCCGCUGGGCUGCUCGCGCCUUGCCGGCCGCUGUUACGCAAUGGAAAUUGCGAAAGCCCCGCCCGCCCUCCGAGCCCUCUAGGGGUGAGUGCGGCGCCUCUGGCGGAUUUUUUGUCGUCUUUCCUUACCUUCAAGCACGAAUCGUUCUACGGCUGUCUUUUCUAAAGGAUAAGUGGGAUUUUUCUCUCCAUCAUGUGAAAACUGUCCAAACGAUACGAACGUUUUGCAAAUCCUUAAAGUAUAACAACUUAUUUCCAAUUUCGGUACGUCCUUGAAGCGGGGCUUUCGACUUCAGAAAGUUAAAAUGUCACUUCUUAAUUUCAGAAAAUUUUGCUGAUCAAGAUUUGGUAAUUAUGAAGAGUUCUUGCUCAUCUAGUUCUUGAUCUGGCUCAUUUUACAGUUGAGGAUACUGAAGCCCAGGGAAGUUCACUUGUCUAUGUAGCUUUUUCCCAGUAUGUAGGUUUCCUGAAUGAUUUCUACCAAAAUGUCCUUGUUUUUAUUGUUAGUGUGAGUUUAGACUGAUACAGAUACAUUUGGAAGUAAUUUACAGGUUUUGGAAGGACACUUGUAGGAUUGACUUACUAUCUGAAUUUAGCAUUGGUAACGGAAAACGACCUGUAAAACGAGAACCAAAUACGCUGGAAGCCACCUUGCAGUGAGCAAGACUGGGUUUGGCUUCAGCUGUGCAACUUGGAGCAUUUUAGCUUACUAACAUUGAUCCCCUUUUAGGUGAGUAUUGGCCUUGCAGUUUGGAUUCGCAGGAAAAAUUGUAUGUUGCUGCUAGUAAGGUAAAACCAUCAAGUGCCCCAGACCAGAACUUGAAACCAGACUCAGAAGAUGGCAUACAAUCAGAGUCCAGACUUUGAGAGGUUACAAAGGAUGUUCAAUGGAGAGGACUUGGAGAAGUUUUCUUGGGAAGGUGUCCAGGGAAUAGAAAUUUUGGGGGAAGAUACAUGCUUAAGUACUGGAAAGCGGCCCUGGGAAUUGGUAUUGUGGGUCAUUCUAGGCUUUGCAGAAGCUCUACUUUGUAGCAGGGGCAUGAACAGGCGUUUCAUCUGUAUCACCCAGAGGUGGUUUUUUAGUUUUAAAUUCUGUAUUAACGGUUGUUUUCUUUCCAGACUGCAAAAUUCAAAAUGGGGCUCAAGGUAUUCGUUUCAUCUACACCAGAGAAGGCAGACCGAGUGGCGAGGCUUUUGUUGAACUUGAAUCAGAAGAUGAAGUCAAAUUGGCCCUGAAAAAAGACAGAGAAACUAUGGGACACAGAUAUGUUGAAGUAUUCAAGUCAAACAACGUUGAAAUGGAUUGGGUGUUGAAGCAUACUGGUCCAAAUAGUCCUGACACGGCCAAUGAUGGCUUUGUACGGCUUAGAGGACUCCCCUUUGGAUGUAGCAAGGAAGAAAUUGUUCAGUUCUUCUCAGGGUUGGAAAUCGUGCCAAAUGGGAUAACAUUGCCGGUGGACUUCCAGGGGAGGAGUACGGGGGAGGCCUUCGUGCAGUUUGCUUCACAGGAAAUAGCUGAAAAGGCUCUAAAGAAACACAAGGAAAGAAUAGGGCACAGGUAUAUCGAAAUCUUUAAGAGCAGUCGAGCUGAAGUUAGAACUCACUAUGAUCCACCACGAAAGCUUAUGGCCAUGCAGCGGCCAGGUCCCUAUGACAGACCUGGAGCUGGCAGAGGGUAUAACAGCAUUGGCAGGGGAGCUGGCUUUGAACGGAUGAGGCGCGGUGCUUAUGGAGGAGGUUACGGAGGCUAUGAUGAUUAUAAUGGCUAUAACGAUGGCUAUGGAUUUGGGUCGGAUAGAUUUGGAAGAGACCUCAAUUAUUGUUUUUCAGGAAUGUCUGAUCACAGAUACGGGGAUGGUGGCUCUACUUUCCAGAGCACAACAGGACAUUGUGUACACAUGCGGGGAUUACCUUACAGAGCUACUGAGAAUGACAUCUAUAAUUUUUUUUCACCGCUCAACCCUGUGAGAGUACAUAUUGAAAUCGGUCCUGAUGGCAGAGUAACUGGUGAAGCAGAUGUCGAGUUUGCAACUCACGAAGAUGCUGUGGCCGCUAUGUCAAAAGACAAAGCAAAUAUGCAACACAGAUAUGUAGAACUCUUCUUGAAUUCUACAGCAGGAGCAAGCGGUGGUGCUUACGAACACAGAUAUGUAGAACUCUUCUUGAAUUCUACAGCAGGAGCAAGCGGUGGUGCUUAUGGUAGCCAAAUGAUGGGAGGCAUGGGCUUGUCAAACCAGUCCAGUUACGGCGGCCCAGCCAGUCAGCAGCUGAGUGGUGGUUAUGGAGGCGGCUAUGGCGGCCAGAGCAGCAUGAGUGGAUAUGACCAAGUUUUACAGGAAAACUCCAGUGAUUUUCAAUCAAACAUUGCAUAGGCGGCCAAGGCGCAGCGAACAGCAGCUACUACAGUAGCGGGAGCCGGGCGUCUGUGGGCGUGAACGGAAUGGGAGGGAUGUCUGGCAUGGCCAGUAUGAGUGGUGGAUGGGGGAUGUAACUGAUCUGAUCCCUGACUCUUGGUCAACGUUUUUUUAAAGAAAAAAAAAAGUUUAACAGUUUUGCAAUACAAGCUUGUGAUUGAUGCUUGUUCUGAGUGGAAAUCAGGAUUGUUUUAAAGACUUAAGGUUCAGUAUUUUUGAACAUAAACAUUCACGUAGGAUGUAACAACUGAGUAAACUAUAACUGUUAAACAAUUUUCAGCUUUUCUCUAGUCUAUUGUAGGAUGUACUUAAGCAGCAAGUGUAUUUAGGUUAAAGCAGUUGAAUUACGUUAAUGUUCUUCUACCACAUGACAUUGAACACUGUUGGGAUGCAUGUUGAAAGACAUGCUUUUUUUGUAAAACUCAAUGUAGGAGCUGUGUCUACAAUUAAAAGUGAACACAUUUGGCAUGUUUGUUAAUUCUAGUUUCAUUUAAUAACCUCUAAGGCACGUAAGUUGAAGCUUUUUUUUUUUUUUUUUAAGUUAAUGGGGGACUUUGAGACGCAACACCAUACGUUAGGAUUUUGGUCUUGGUGUUUGUAUGAAAUUCUGAGGCCUUGAUUGAAACCUUUCCUUGUAUCGUGAUUUCCUUUUAGGUGUAUUGCGCUAAGUGAAACUUGUCAAAUAAAUCUUCCUUUUAAAAACUGCA